UCCGAACGUCACUGACGUUACGUCAGUCAGUCGUUGUCCGCCGCUCGGCGUGGAAAGAAAGGUACGGCCAGCUCUCGUCCGCCUGACGUCGCCAGACUCGACCACCAUGCUUGAUCAGCUGCCGGAGGACAUCCUGGCCAUGGCCAUGUCGCGCCUGUGCGUCGUGGACGUGUUGGCCUGCCGCCUCGUGUGCAAGCGGCUGGCUGGCCUGGCCCAGCACCCCGACGUGUGGCGGCAUCGACACCUUGACGUGGACGACUAUUCCAAGUCUGCCAGGAUCGAGUGCUGUCGAGUGCUGCGCCUGGCGCCGUGCCUGCGCGAGAUCUCGACCUCUGUCACGACUGCACUGUCGUGUCGCCACGCCGACCUGCGGACGACCUCGUGCGCCGCCAGGGUGCUGUCGAUCGCCGUAGACAUGGGAGGGAAGUGUGGGCCGGAGGAGGCCACGAAAGCAGUCCAGGUCAUCAAACAGCAGGAGGCUCUCGGCCGCCUCCGAGCCGUGAGUUUAGUGUUCUGGCAGACACUCCUGGAAAAAACGUAAGUUGCAGAGUGCAACUGAUGCGGCAAUUAAGCGUCACUUGGUUGCCCCAACGCCAGG